ACUGAUCAAGAUGCCUGGUGGACGUGGUCGCGGUGGCCCCAUGCCUCGAGAAGUCCAAGUCUCAAAGGCACUGAGCAAACUGCUUCGUCACAGUGCUGAAAAGGAAGGUCUCCAAUUAGAUGCAGCAGGUUAUAUCAACCUCAAAGACGUGGUAGGUCGCCUCCAUGAUAUCUGUCUCUGGAUUCGCGGUCUCAAAGCCACACUUGACGAGGUCAAACAAAUCGUCGCAGAGAAUGACAAACAGCGCUUCUCUCUAAUUCACAAAUCCGCUGCUCCUUCGGCAGCAAGUGUUCCAGCCGAUGAUGCAGCAACAUCCUUAGCUUCAGACAUUCCCAGUCAACACCCAGAGUCUGAUGAUCCUGCCGACUACCUUAUCCGUGCGAAUCAAGGACAUUCCUUGGAAAUUGCAUCUGAGAAUCUCCUCGCUCCCAUCACAGAGGAGAAUCUUCCUUCCAUAGUGGUGCACGGAACUACUCAUUCUGCAUGGCCCCAGAUUGUGGCCACUGGCGGUCUCAAAAAGAUGGCGCGCACUCACGUUCAUUUUGCCUCUGGUCUCCCCGCCGGCUUCAAAUCCGAGGACAAGGAUUCAAGCAACGCGCCCGUCAUCUCUGGCAUGCGCAACUCGUCCUCAGUACUGGUCUAUGUGGAUAUCAAAAAGGCCAUAGAAGCCGGAAUCAAAUUUUGGAAGUCUGAGAAUGGUGUCAUUCUGAGCGAAGGAGACGACAAGGGUGUGAUUGGUCUGCAAUUCUUCAGCAGAGCCGAAGAUCGCACUGGUGGACAAGGGGUCCUGGUGGAGAAUGGUGUUGUCUUGAAGGAAGCCCCAGACUCAUGGAUCAAGCCAAAGAAGGUCAACAAACCAAGGAAUCAACAAGACGGCAAGAAGAAUCAGGCGGACCAGAAGCCGACGUCAGCA